GCCCGGCGCCGACCAACUCCCGCACACCCAGCCCCGCGGCUGCCACGGCUCAGCAGACGGUCGCCUGCGCUCGCGCCCCUGCACGCGCCCAGCGCCUCGGAUCUUCCAGCGGCCCCGCGCGCUCCUCGCGCCCCAGGAUCGUUCCGGCGGCCCCCGCGCCCCGCGAUCGUUCCGGCGGCCCUCGCGGCCCUCGCUGCCUCCCCGGCCCGCCGGCCCGCGCGCCCGGCUCGCCGCUCCCCGGCACUCUCGGGGGGCCCGCCCGCCCUGCACCCUGGAGCACCGGGCUACCAGCCUCUACCACCUCCUCUGGAUCCUCGCGGCCGUGAGCAUCGGCCGCCGCUCCUGUCCGCCCGAAGGAGGGCCUUCUCCGCAGCAGCUGCCCAGGAACUCUGGCUGUGCCACCCCCCCCUUGGGUACCACGGGCACCCUGGGAGCAUGGCCGACGAAGACCUCAUCUUCCGCCUGGAAGGCGUUGGCGGCAGCCAGACCUCCAGGGCCGGCCAUGACGGGGACUCUGACACAGACAGCGACGACGACGACGAGUACUUCAUCUGCCCCAUCACCGAUGACCCCCGGGCACACCAGCGUGGCAGCUGCCAGGUUGGUGACUACUGCAGCGACCUAAGGAAAAGCGAGCAGCACGGCUUCGGCGCCUCCCCGGGGAGCUCCUACAAGAUCAAGGAAGCUUGGAAGCAUGCCGUGGAGAAGGCCAAGCACAUGCCCGACCCCUGGGCUGAGUUCCACCUGGAGGACAUCGCCACCGAGUGUGCGACGCGCCACAGGUACAACGCUGUCACUGGGGAGUGGCUGGAGGACGAGGUUCUGAUCAAGAUGGCCUCUCAGCCCUUCGGCCGUGGAGCGAUGAGGGAGUGCUUCCGGACGAAAAAGCUGUCCAACUUCCUGCACACCCAGCAGUGGAAGGCGGCCUCCAACUACGUGGCAAAGCGUUACAUUGAGCCGGUGGACAGGAGCGUGUACUUUGAGGACGUGCGUCUACAGAUGGAGGCCAAGCUCUGGGGAGAGGAGUACAAUCGGCACAAGCCCCCCAAGCAGGUGGACAUUGUGCAGAUGUGUGUAGUGGAGCUGAAGGACAGGCCGGGCUCGCCCCUCUUCCACCUGGAGCACUACAUCGAGGGCAAGUACACCAAGUACAACUCCAACUCGGGCUUCGUCCGUGAUGACGCGCGCCUGACGCCGCAGGCCUUCAGCCACUUCACCUUUGAGCGUUCCGGCCACCAGCUGAUCGUGGUGGACAUCCAGGGUGUGGGCGACCUCUACACCGACCCGCAGAUCCACACCGAGAAGGGCACUGACUUUGGAGAUGGCAACCUAGGUGUCCGGGGCAUGGCGCUCUUCUUCUACUCCCACGCCUGCAACCGCAUUUGCAAGAGUAUGGGCCUCACUCCCUUCGACCUGUCACCGAGAGAGCAGGACACAGUGAAUCAGAACACCAAGCUGCUGGAAUCAGCCAAGACCAUCUUGAGGGGGACAGAGGAAAAGUGUGGGAGCCCCCUAGUGAGGACCCUCUCUGGGAGCCGGCCACCCCUGCUCCUCCGCCUGUCGGAGAACUCUGGAGACGAGAACAUGAGCGACGUGACCUUCGACUCUCUCUCCUCCUCCCCAUCUUCAGCCACGCCACACAGCCAGAAGCUGGAGCACCUCCAUUGGCCAGUGUUCAGCGACCUGGACAACAUGGCCCCCCAAGAUCACGACCAGCCCGACAACCACCGGGACUCUGAGAACAGUGGGGACAGUGGAUACCCCAGUGAGAAGCGGGGUGAGCUGGAUGACCCAGAGCCCCGAGAACAGGGCCACUCGAACGGUAGCCAGCGGGACGAGUCGGACGAAGACAGCCUGGGCAGCUGCGGACGGGUCUGUGUGGAGAAGUGGAACCUCCUUAACCCCGCCCGCCUCCACCUGCCCAGGCCCUCCACCGUGGCCCUGGAAGUGCACAGGCUUAAUGCUCUGGACCUUGGCAAGAGAAUCGGGAAGUCCGUUCUGGGGAAGGUCCAUCUGGCCAUGGUGCGAUACCACGAGGGCGGGCGCUUCUGUGAGAAGGACGAGGACUGGGACCGUGAGUCGGCCAUCUUCCACUUGGAGCACGCAGCCGACCUGGGCGAGCUGGAGGCCAUCGUGGGCCUGGGACUCCUGUACUCGCAGCUGCCCCACCACAUCCUGGCCGACGUCGCCCUGAAGGAGACGGAAGAAAAUAAAACCAAAGGAUUUGAUUACUUACUGAAGGCGGCUGGCGCUGGUGACAGACAGUCCAUGAUCUUGGUGGCACGAGCUUUUGACACCGGCCAGAACCUCAGCCCAGACAGGUCCCGAGACUGGCCAGAGGCCCUGCACUGGUACAGCACUGCCCUGGAGAAAACAGACUGUGACGAGGGCGGUGAGUACGACGGGGUGCACGACGAGCCCCGGUACACGCUGCUGGCCAGGGAGGCCGAGAUGCUGUCUGUGGGCGGCUUCCGGCUGCCGAAGGACCCGCAGAGGUCAGGCGACUUGUACACGCAGGCAGCCGAGGCAGCGAUGGAAGCCCUGAAGGGCCGGCUGGCCAACCAGUACUACCAGAAGGCGGAGGAGGCCUGGGCCCAGAUGGAGGAGUAACGCGCCAGGAAGAUCACCUGGGCCAGUCCCCACACAAGGGCUAGAGGGGAAAAGACCCACCGACUCAUCUAGGGGCUAUUUGGGGUAUUUUCAGUGUGUUUACAUCAACUUUUGUACAUCAUUCUUUGACUCAUAAAAACGUCUUUGCUAUCAGCAAAGACACAUAGCUGUCCCCAGGGUGAUGUUUUGGGGGCGUGGGGAUUGACAAAGCAGCCUAAUGAACCGGCAUAUGGAUUUGAGGUUCUUUUGUUUUGUCACAAGAUGCUAGAAAGUGCUUUUGGAAAAUCUUAGGACUUCGCUCCCCAGCAUUUUCAGGCUGGACUGCAAUCUCAGGCCCACAGACCUGUGUCCUGAGUCGGAUGAGGAAUGUGUUGCUGCCCGUGAACGCUCCAUGAACUCUCCGUGGGGGCGUACGGGCCCAGCGUAGGGCACAGCCUCUCUUCUCAGCACUUGGAAGCAUGCAUGGCGUUGCUCCAUGCAAGUGAGAUGGUACCACGCCCGGGCCCUCUUCUGCCAUGGGAGGGGGAGGGCCCGCACAUGGACUGUUUUCUACCUUUUAGUUUAAUUUCCUUCCUGAAAUGCAACUGAUUUCCUGGAAUACAGCCGAAUUCCAUUUUGAAGCAUGGUUUCUACAGGGGGCUCUCCAAACAGGUUUGGCGUGUACACACGCUUUCCUGCCUCUGAGCGCUCGUCAGCGCGUGUGGAGGGGGUGCGCCUAAGGCUCCCACAGGGAGGGACCGUGGCCCGGCGUGGCCAAGCCCUCCCUCCAAGCGGCAUGUACUCUGCAUCUCGGGCAGCAUCCACAGUGGCUCCCGCCGCCCUGGCACAGGAUCCCCUCGUGUUCUCUCGGCAGCUGAUGUCCAGCCCUGUCCUUGGCAUCUUCUGCUUGAAGCGAGCCUGCUUUCCGGUCACUCCCAGCAGGUGCUUGCAGCAGCAGCACUUCAGGUUUAUCUGCCACGUUGGAGAGCGAGGCGGCAAGAACUAACUAUAAACACUCAUUGACCAGUUUCCACACGGCCAGGCUAUGGCUAAUUGUACAUAAUGAGCUUUUUCUUCAGAAAGAUUUCAGCCUGACCCGUAGUUCACUCCCCCAGCCCGAGAGUGGGAAGCUGCUGGACGAGCAGCGUUGACAUGGGAAAGCCUGCAGAGGAUGGCUAAGGCUGUGCCACUUGGCAUGAGCACUUGCCAUUGUUUUGGAGGGUUAUUGGGAAGCAGAAAAAAAGAAAGAUUUCAGCCCUAGCUGGUUUGGCUCAGAGCAUCAGCCCUCAGACUGAAGCGUCCCGGGUUUGGCUCUGGUCAAGGGCACAUACCUUGGUUGUAGGCUUGAUCCUCGGCCAGGUGGGGGCAUUUUCGGGAGGCACCCAAUCGAUGUGUUUCUCUCACAUCGAUGUUUCCCUCCCUUCCACUCCAAAAAACCAAUUAAAAAAUAUCCUCGGGUGAGGAUUAAGAAAUAAAAAAAAGAAUUCAAUUAAUAUCAGUAUGAUUUCAGUUUGUAUUUCAAAUAGCAAAGAAAACAGACUGAUUUGAUGAACUCCAAGUGAUUAAGGAGCUUCUCUUUAUUUGUUUAAAACACAGAGUGUGACAUGCAAACCAUUCUGACCUUCUCAUUGAAAGAGGGCCUUGCUGUGGAGCUGUGAACCUGUGCAGCCGGUUUCAAAAGCCAGAGUGUGCCCGGAAGGAAAGCCAAGCAGAGCCAAGACCACUGGGUCAGUCCUUGGGCGGACCUCUGAGUGGCUAGCCCUCGUUUGCAUGUGGGCUUGUCACGGCCAGUUCCCUUUAGAAGCUGGGGCUGAUUGCUCUUUUGCCACUUGCAGCAGAGCAAGUAGUGGUUUUUUGUUUUAAACCAGUUGCAUGCCGUUAAAUUGCAUAUGUUAAAUGUAAGUCCCAGGCAAUUUUACUGUGACUUAUCUCUUCAGAGUAAUCAAGCCUCAUGUAAUCCAUGCUCCUUUGUUGUCGUUAAUUCAGCCAGCCCCCCACCCUCUCUUAGACUUCAUUUGCAAACCAUUUGUUCCCUGAUCACCUCUCUCAGUUCUUAGUUAUGCGUUAGUGCUUUCCUUUAACACUGGGAUCCACAAACGUUUAUAAAGGGCCAGAUAGUAAAUAUUUUAGGCCGUAUGCUCUGCAGGGCUCAGCCCUGCUAUGGUAGAGCAGAAGCAGCCAUAGAUAAUUCUUGAGUGAAUGGGCGUGGCUGGUGUUCCAAUAAAACUUUAUUUUGAAAGCAGGUGGCUCGCCUGGGCUGUAGUUUUCCCACCUCUGCUCUAACCCUUGAUUGAGACCUACUGUGUUAAGCUCUGGGCAUGAGCUCUCGCAGUUUUCUGACCUCCAGGGCUCAAACACACCGUGCCUUGGCACAGAGUAGGCACUCAGGAAUUGUGAACAAAGGAGAGCCGGUCACUGCACUCACUCUUCGCAGCUCUGGUCUUCCAUGCAGUUAAUGAUGCAGUGUUUGGAUUGGCUUGAACCACCACCCCUGCAUCUCCGCCCACCCGCCCACAUGGCCUUAAUGUCGAAGGUGGUGCCCUCUCGUCCCGGAGGUCGCGAUGGCCUGGGUGUAGAGUUAAGCAAAUGCUUCUCUAAGGACCAUUGAGAGUGAAAUGAUCAGUAGGAUGUUGAGAUCCUCCUGAGCCAGAAGAAGACUUUACUUCAUCUUCAAAACCUAGUUUUGUGCUCUUCACCAUCUUUCCUGCGCUCCGGCAGCCACAGCCAUGAAGGUUGGAGCUCUGCGGUUUCAGUUACAAGAUCUACCCUGGACACAGGUGGUGCCACGCCAGAACCGAUGGGAAGGUUUUCCCGUUUCUUAAUGAAAAUGCGAGUCAGCAUUCCUUUCCAAGAGGAAUCCUAGGCAGAUAAACUGGACUGUCCUCUAUGGAAGAAAGCACAAAAACGGACAGUCGGAAGAAAUUCAAAAGAAAAGACCCGCCGUGCAGUCAGAUUCCAGAGGGCCAUCACUGGUGCAUCUCUUGCUGAUAUAAUGGCCAAGAGGAACCAGAAACCUGAAGUUAGGAAAGCUCAACGAGAACAAGCUAUCAGGGUUGCCAAGGAAGCAAAAAAGGCUAAGCAAGUGCCUAACAAGACAGCACUGGCUGCUGCUAGGGCUCCCACAAAGGCUGCGCCUGAGCAAAGGGUUGAAGCCUGUGAAGGUUUCUGCUCCCCGUGUUGGUGGGAAAUGCUCAGUUGGCAGAUGAGAUUCUUAAAUAAAGACUUGACUAUAACUAAGAACACACACACACAACAACAACAAGCCUAGUUUUGUGCCUUCUAAAGCUGGCUAGGGCAUCUCCUUUUUCCACAAAUGCUGAGCAGGCAAGCAACAGUCCCCUGUCCCCUCUCCCCGCCACCACCACUACAAAUACCCAGGACAGUCCAGUCCCACUGGAAAAUAUCAGACUAUCUUCAAUGAAGAAACAGAUGAAGGUCUGGGAGAUUAGAUAAGCAGAGUUGGGGAUGUCAUCACUGAAGUUCUGAAAGGUAGAAUCUUCACAGUGACACUGCUGGUUAGCCGCUAAGCUGGAGUAGGGUUUUGAGAGCUGCUGUUAUUCAGAGGACUCAGAAAAGAAAAUUUAAACUUAAACUGGUCUGUGAUAUCCUUUUCAGUUUUAUUACAGGUGGGAAAAAGUGGGGAGGGGCUUGGCCCUGGUCGGGUAGUUCUCUUGGUUAGAGCAUCUCCCGAUACACCAAGGUUGCAGGUUCAAUUCCCAGUCAGGGCACAUACAAGAAUUAACCAAUGAAUGUAUAAAUAAGUGAGAUAACAAAUUGAUGUUUCUCUCCCUUUCUUUCUCCCUUCCUAUCUCUAUAAAAUCAAUCAAUAAAAAAAAAUGUAAAGGCUUUAUUAAUGUAAGAAGGGAAAAAACAAACACCACUGCGUCUGAAUAUUCCUCUUCCCUCCCCCUCACUCGAGGCACUGUGGGAAUUUAUUGAACGCCACCUUGAUGACCCAGCCAGGUAAACUACCUUUUUGCUGUUUCAGUGACUUCAUUUCUUCCCACCCCGACCCCUGCACAUUUGGUUGCAGUGCUGGACAUGUUUUACCAAUCAGCAAAUGUUUACACAAGUGUGUGCAACUUGGGGGCGGGGCAGAAUGUGCAUAUUCUCUGCGUGGAUUUGUGCGUGCUAUUCGUGUUUCUAGACUCUGGGGUAACCAUGUAACCUAGACAAGGUGGACACUGGUAGAACCCAGAGAAGUGGCUUACUGUAUAUAUUUGUUUUCGCAUAUGUAUUAAGUUCCAUUUUGUAUAUUACAAAUAAAGUGGUUUCUUCCCA